UAAGUAGGGAAAAAAAAAAAUAUAACGGAGAGAAGAAAAUUUAAUCGUUCAUUUUCUUGUCUCCCAAACAAGAUCGUUCUCUACGCAUAACCUUUAAAUUGAAUCCUCAGAGAACCUCACGAGAAAAAGAAAAAGACAAAAAAAAAAUUGUUUAUGUUUGAUCCAAUAAGGCCUUAGAUCUGAACGGGAAAACUCAUCUUCUUCUCCCGAUUCAGAGAAUGCAAAUUCCAGUUAUGGAUCUCAAACAGUAAUGCAGCUUGCAGUUUUGGAUUUUUUGUUGUUUUGAGUUCAAUUAAGCAUUCAUUGAAUCGAGAAAAAAGAAAAAAGAAAAAGAAGAAGUUGGAUAUAAAAAUGGUUUUCUGGGAAGAGUAUGCGAGUGAUGAAGCAAUGGGGACUUUUGCCCCAAUCGUGGUCUAUUGGUUGUAUGCUGGGCUUUAUGAGCUGUUGCCUCCGUUGGAUGGCUAUCGCUUGCAUACAAGAAAAGAGGAGAAGGUGAAGAAUUCUGUGCCACUAGCUUCGGUGAUUAAGGGCGUUUUGCUACAGCAGUUUUUUCAGGCCACCGUUGCUCAUGGGCUCUUCUUGUUCACAUCGAUGACCAAUGCAUCAGGAAUCACAGUUCAGCCCUCCAUUCCUGUCCAGAUUGUGCAGUUUAUUAUUGCAAUGCUUGUUAUGGACACAUGGCAGUACUUUGUGCAUCGGUACAUGCAUCAAAACAAAUUUUUGUAUCGCCAUAUCCAUUCGCAACAUCACAAGCUUGUUGUCCCAUAUGCAGUUGGAGCCCUUUAUAAUCACCCUCUUGAGGGGCUGUUGCUUGACACUGUGGGUGGGGCCAUAUCUUUUCUAGUCUCAGGGAUGACUGCGAGAACUGCAGUUUAUUUCUUCUGCUUUGCUGUCAUUAAAACUGUCGAUGAUCAUUGUGGACUUUGGUUACCUGGUAAUAUCUUUCAUACGUUAUUCCAGAAUAACACCGCUUAUCAUGAUAUCCAUCAUCAACUGCAAGGUUUGAAGUAUAAUUAUUCUCAACCGUUUUUCCCAAUAUGGGAUAAGCUCCUCGGAACUCACAUGCCUUUCAAUCUUGUGAAGAGACCUGAAGGGGGUUUUGAAGCAAAGCCGAUCAAAAAUUGGUCGCAGAAUUAAGACUUUUCUGUGUUCCGAGAAUUAAGCUCCUCGGAACUCACAUGCCUUCCAUGCUCACUCUUCAUACAUGGAAGUUAUUUAUCUUAGGUUGCAGUCAUUCAUUCAAAACCGAACUCAGAUUUCUUUGCAUGAGGUUUGUGUCUAGGCUGGAUUGAUUAAUGCUCAUUCCUUCUUUCGUUGUUUGACAAUGUAUUAUGUGGGAUUGGUUUUGUCAAUUUCACCGGUCUCCAUGAUGUGCAUUGUAGCUCUUGGUUCCGGGUUGACUGUUGUGUAACAUAUUAGUUUCUUGGUCAUUUGACAGUGAGAUUUGGUGCCUGUUAAAGUUGCUAUACUUGCACUUGUAUGUUGCUCUAGAGGAUUGGUAGUGUUUUUGUAGUAAGGAAUUUUUCUUUUC